CUUAGUUUGAGCUUGCGAGCGUGCAGGGUAAUGUGGACGCUUUUGAUUUCGUGUGACAAUUUUUGGUCUCUCUAGUGUCAUCCACGUUCGUAUGGGAUGUUUCUAUUGCUCAAUUGGCCUUUGACUCGCUUCUGAAUGCUUCUUGUUGUUCUUUUACACGGGGUUUUUAGUUUCACGUUGGAUAUCUUUGGUUCUGUUGGUAUGGAGUUGCUUGCUGUGGUCAUUGAUCUUGAAGAAAUCCGAAGAGUUUCUUAUAAUUAUGCCGCUGGAAGGUAAUUAGAGGGUGCUUUAGUGAAUUGUGUUGGUCAUAAUUGAAACCAUUGUGUCAGGAAGGUGCUGGAGUUAUGUAGGCCUUGUAUCAUCGUUACUUACCACACCGUUAGCUCCAAGUUUUUGAGCUUUCAAAGCUUAGCUUGGAUUAGGAAGGUAAUGUGAGAAGGGUUUUGAACCAAUGCUGUAUUGUGUCGUCAUAGUGUUUUAGCCUAGAGACAGGUUUUACUGGGUCUAUUGCGCUUGUCAUGGUUGUUUUAAGAAAUAAAGGUUUUUCUUUUUCUUUUUUUUUUUUUUUUUUUUCUUUUUGUUGAGCGUGAGCGUAUUUACUUUAGUUUUUGAGUUCGUGGGCUGUUGUUAGCCCGAAUUUUCAGCGUUAACGGUUCUGAUUUGAGUUCUGCUCCAAGUGUGGCGAAUUCGGGGGUUUAAUUGCUCUCUUACACACAGUUAUGAGAUUCGGUUUGUGUAAUAGUGUUUUUGCUUGUUUUUGCCGAUUGUGUAGUAACUUGGGAUGGAAUCGCCCGAUUGUGGUAAUUGGAGUCUUGGCUCAAUGUUUUAUUAAUGACGAAAAAUAUGUUCAACCGUAAAUUGCCUCGUAAAAGCUUGUAACUGUGGUCAUUGCAGAAAAGAGGAGUUCUAACGUUGAAGAAUCCGUAGAAAUCGUCAUAGUUAUGCCAUUUUGAGUAAAUUGGAUGGUAUUGCAGUAGAUAUGGUUUGAUAUGUUUGAAUGUGGGGAGUAAUGGCAAAUGCAUUGCAGUUUAAGACUUGAUUCGUCCUUGACGAGGCAAAAUCCUUACCAGCGUGAGGGUAUUUCAGAGAAAAUAUUUGCUAAGUGAUUUGUGUGUUUCUUCGUCACAUUUUUGGAAAAUCUUACAUAUCAAUCAAGCUAAAGUACCACUUUGAAUUAUCUGCAUCAAGGCAUCACUUUUCAAGAGGUGAGAAGAGCCAGUAAGCAAUGGCCACGAAGACUGACAUCGCUCAUAUUCUAGGUUUAGAUGCUAAUGAAGACGAUGGUCAUCUCAAAAUCUCCAAGACGAAAAUUGUCUGCACGUUAGGGCCCAAGUCCAGAGAGGUCCAUGUCCUCGAGAAGUUGCUGAGAGCUGGAAUGAACGUGGCCCGGUUCAACUUCUCCCAUGGAACACACGAGUACCAUCAAUACACGCUGGACAGCCUGAGACAGGCCAUGGCUAACACGCAAACCAUGUGCGCAGUUCUUCUAGAUACUAAGGGGCCAGAGAUUCGAACCGGGAGUUUGGCAGCUGGCAAGCCAAUUCAACUGAAGCGCAACAAUGAGAUUUGGAUCACUACUGACUACAGCCACUUGGGCGACGAGAACAUGAUAGCCAUGAGCUAUGCGAAACUCGCAGUAGAUUUGGAGCCAGGGAACACAAUCUUGUGCUCUGAUGGCACAAUCACAAUGACGGUGCUCGACUGUCAUCCUGAGAAGGGCAUGGUGAAGGCCAGAUGCGAGAACACCGCCAUGCUAGGAGAGAAGAAAAACGUGAACCUACCUGGUAUUGUUGUGGACUUACCCACCAUCACACAGAAGGAUAUCGAUGAUAUAAUGCAAUGGGGUGUUCCCAACAAAAUUGAUUUUAUUGCAGCCUCCUUUGUUCGCAAGGGCUCGGAUGUGGUGACAAUCAAGAAGCUGCUGGGAGAGGCGUCUGACUCUAUUCAUGUUAUUUCUAAGGUUGAGAACCAGGAAGGUCUGGUCAAUUUCGAUGACAUUUUGAAAGAGACGGAUGGAGUGAUGGUUGCAAGAGGUGACUUGGGAAUGGAGAUUCCGACUGAGAAGAUUUUUUUGGCACAGAAAAUGAUGAUCUACAAAUGCAAUUCAGCAGGAAAACCAGUUGUGACUGCAACACAGAUGCUGGAGUCCAUGAUCAAGUCCCCUCGUCCCACUCGUGCAGAGGCCACUGACGUGGCGAACGCAGUUCUCGAUGGAACCGAUGCUGUGAUGCUUAGUGGAGAGACUGCAAAUGGAUCUUACCCUGAACUCGCUGUGGCAGUGAUGUCCCAGAUCUGCCAGGAGGCUGAGGCUGCGCUGGAUUAUGCAUCAAUCUUUAAGGAAAUUAUGAAGUCUGUUCCUUUGCCAAUGAGCCCUUUGGAGAGUCUGGCAUCUUCUGCUGUUAGGACCGCCAACAAGGUGCGGGCCUCUCUUAUCAUUGUGUUGACACGGGGAGGCAGCACUGCGAGGCUUGUGGCAAAAUACCGGCCAUGUGUACCAAUCCUCUCGGUCGCGGUUCCGGUUAUGACCACAGAUGGUUUGGAAUGGACUUUCAGCGCGCCGUCUCCAGCCCACCACAGUCUUUGUUGCAGGGGUCUGAUUCCACUUCUGGCGGAAGGCUCUGCAAAGGCCACUGAUUCAGAGUCGACAGAAGAGAUUUUGAACGCAGCUGUCAAAUAUGCGCUGAAGCGCAAACUUUGUCUUGUGAGUGACUCCGUUGUGGCCCUUCACCGCAUUGGCGUGGCAUCAGUUAUCAAGAUCAUUGAGGUCAAGGACCUUGCUUCCUCAUAAUCAUGAUAUACCCAAUACUUUUGCAUAUCAAUGGACAUCUAUUUUUCGCUCUGAGCAGGCGAUGAUUGUUGGGAACGUUUCAUGAAAGAUUGGACCAUUAGACUUGGAGGUCUGGUAGAGGACCGUGUUCAGCACUAUUGCUCGCCCAUUCUUUGUAAUUGACAGUAAAAUCGAGAUCAAAUAGUUAGUGCAGCACUAAUUAUAGGUUCAGGCUUGUGAGGGGUGCAAACAUGAACGUCGAGCACAGGUCCUUUCCCAUACAGUUGGAAACAUUUUUGUGAAUUGGGGUCAUGUAUCCAUUGCGGUAGGCGGAGGAUUUUAUGUCGAAAUUGUGACUUCAAGGUUUGGAACUUGGUGUCUUUGAAUGCCAGUUAUUGUUUUUUUUCAUUAAUACAUGCAGAGCACUGCAUCAUUUCCGACUCGUAA